AUGUAUCAGAUUACACGGUUUACCUUGAUUUUGAUCACAAUUGAUAUUCUAAAAGAUUCAGGCACAACAGGUCAGUUCAUAGUAUCAACCAACAAACCAGCUAAUCAGUCAACUGAGGGCCCAGACAGCAGAAAGGGCCCUGCAGGUCUAGCUGUUGAUGGUAACACUGAUCCAGACUUUAAUCAAGGCUCAUGUACUCAUACAAGCGACACUGGUGAGGAUCCGUGGUGGAUGGUUGACUUGGAGCAGAAAUUUAUCAUAUCCCGAGUCGAAAUCUACAACAGAGGUGAUUGCUGCGGUAACCGACUAAAGAAUUUUGAAAUACGAGUUGGAAACAGUACUGACAUAGCCACCAAUUCAAUAUGUGCCACACAUGAUGAUGAAGUCCCAAAAGGAGGCAAGGAAAUUCUGACAUGUGGCACUCCUAUAUAUGGGCGCUAUGUGAGCAUACAGAAGAAAAUAAAGGGUGUGCUGACCUUGUGUGAGGUUAAGGUCUUUGGACAGUGCCCUGCUGGUUAUUUUGGUCCUACCUGUGACAGGUGCUAUUGUAAGGAUGACAAACCAUGUGACAUGUUUGGCUACUGUGACAAUGGCUGUACCAAAGCUUACUAUACUUCAUCUUGCAACAAAAGAAAGCCCCAACUCAAGAAUCCACCACGUGUGACUGAGCGAAGUACAACAUACAUUAAUAUCGCUUGGGACAAAUGGUCGAACAAAACUGACCUAGGAGAGGGAGAAGUGGGAAAAUAUACUGUUAAAUACAAACUGAAAUCUGAGGAGAAUUAUCCUACAGAAAAUAAAAAAGAUGUUGCGUCUUUCUCAGAAGCAUACAUAACUGAUCUUAAGGAGGGAACAGCCUAUGAUAUACGUGUCUUUUCUUGGUAUAAAAUGGACAAAGAUAUGUUAAGAGGUCUCCCAAGCCCUAAGCUCUCAGCAUCAACCUGUGGCAAUGCCACUGGAGGAGCUACAAAUAUACGACUGUCCUCCACCCUCUAUAGGAAGACAUAUCCUUCUCUGGCUGAAAUAAAGAUAACAUGGGAGGAUCCAGCGGAGAAAUUUUGGGGCUGUGAUAAUAUUAAGCAAUACAAGGUGCUGCUACAAAAGGAGGGAGGUUCAAGUUUUGAAGUCAAGAGAAUUGUAUAUGAUUCUGAUGCCAGAGAGGCCACAUUGAACAACCUCAGGGCCUACACCAACUAUCAGAUUCAGAUUGUACUAGUGAAUAGUGCUGAGCGGGAGGGAGAACCUGUUGGGUCACAGAUAAGAACUGCAGUUGGAAGUCCAGAUGAAGUAGCAAAUGUCAGUGCAAAAGCCCUGUCAGGGAAAAGCAUACGUGUACAUUGGGACAAACCUCAGCAAGACAAUGGACCUAUCACUGCCUACUAUCUCAGAUAUUCAUAUCAGUUACGAACACCGCAGUGCAACACAAAUGAGCCUGAUAAAACAGUUAAAGUGUCCGCAGAUAGCAACAGCCAUAUACUUACUGACCUUACUCCCUAUGCAGACUAUCUGGUACAUGUCUCAGCCAGCACAAUGGCAGGCAAUGGAUCAGAGAUUGAUGUUGAUGUUCAAACAAAUUCAACGGUCCCAUCUGCCGCCCCUAUUUUCAAAGAGGUCACUAUUCUUGAGAAACACAGGAUCACUGUCAACUGGUACUCUUUUAAAUGUGAGUUCCUCAAUGGACAACAAAUGGGAUAUGACUUCAACAUCACCAGUCUUGAUUUACAUGUGCCAUAUCACGAGAUUAAAGAAAUGCUGACAAGUGGAAGUCAGUACACAUUUGAAGGCCUGGUGCCUUACGUGAACUAUUCCAUUCAGAUAAGAGUGCUUAACACAAAAGGUCCCGGUCCUUGGAGCAAACCUAUUAUACACACUACUAGAGAAGAUGUUCCUAGAGAAGUAGAAAAUGUGAAACUCAUCGAAAUCUUUAAUGAUAAGAUGGAACUGAACUGGGAAAAUCCAAAACCUCCACAUGGCAAAAUCACUGGCUAUGAGGUGGAAUACUGGGAAGAUGAAGAGAAUAAGGAGAUAACAGAAAGGAUUCUGGAACCAAAGUUCACAAUUGAGGGACUACAACCAAACACAAACUAUACCAUUGCUGUGAGGGCUUUCACAUCUCAAGGAGGAGGCAACUUAAGCAAGGAAGUACAAGGUUUUACAAGGGAAGGAAAGCCUGGGCCGCCUCAGUAUUUUUCUAAACAAGCUAAAACUGAUCGCAGUCUGAGCCUUCAGUGGACGGCACCUAAGAGAACAAAUGGAAUCAUUACAAAAUACACUAUUGUUUGCUCCGUGGCGGGUAACACAAGGGGCACACAAUUUAAAGGUGAAACUGUUGGAUUUUCAUACACAUUGCAAGGCCUACAGUCAGGUACUGAAUAUCACUGUCGACUAAUGGCCAGGACCAGUGCUGGAUAUGGUCAGGAUGUCUCUGGAUUCUUCUAUACUGCACCAGCUAAACCCAAAGCCCCUCCCGCCCCAGAGGUUGUCCUUGAAGAAAUGACAGACACAAGUGUAACAAUUAAAAUUGAAAUGGUCGCUAAUUUCAAUAGUGAAAGCAAAAACAUGGUACAUCGUAUUGUAGUGGACAAGGUUAAUGAAGAUCCUAGCUACACAAUAAACAACCCCUCUAAACGGGAUACAGAGAUAGCAGGAACUACUACUUCUACAUGUAAUUUUGAAAAACUUACUGACUAUUAUGCUGCUCAAAAGGAAAACAAAAACUGUUACAUUGCUGCUGAGCUCGAUAACAAAGACCUAGCGGAAAUUGCUAAAAAUGGUGCAAUUUUUGUUAUCGGGAGUAACGAAACUGUGAAGGAGUAUUUCAAUGCACCUUUAGAAGAGGGAGCUAAAUAUGAAUUAUACUUUGGGGUUGUCGUAACAGUGGAUGGUACAUCAGCUUAUACAUACUCAAAGCUGGAUGCCCCUGUACAUGUAAUGGCUUAUAAAGCCCCAGAGGAACCCCACUCCAAUCAAGCUGGAAUAGUUGCAGGAGUUAUGGUUGCCAUAGUGGCCUGUAUCACAAUCAUCAUUGUCUCCAUAUUCUUUGUAGUUCUCAGAAAAAAGCAACCUGGUUCCCGAUUUGCCAAAACACGAUCUUUCUUCAAGCGCAAAGAUACAGAGAAAACUGGACAGGACAUCCCAUUUCUCCGGAUCGAUCCUCCUAGUAAUACAACUACAGCUGUGACUGCCACCACGAAUCUCAACACUGAAGUUACGGCUGAAUCUCCUUCGGAGGUUAUAUAUGAGAAUAUCAACCAAGACAAUGUUAGUCAUGCCAUUCCUACUGCUGAACUAUGGGACCAUGUCACGAUGAUGAAAAAGCAGAAAGAUGAUGGCUUUAAGCAAGAAUAUGAUAAAAUUCCUAUGGGAUUCACUGCAGCACAUGAAGUAGCAUCUAAACCUGAGAAUAAAGUAAAAAAUCGUUUUCUCAAUAUUGUUGCAUAUGACCACAGUCGUGUACUGUUAGAUGUCCUACCAGGCAGUCCGCAUUCAGACUAUAUAAACGCCUGUUAUAUAGAUGGGUAUAAAAAACCAAAGUGUUACAUAGCUGCCCAAGGGCCAAGUUUGGCAACAAUAAAAGACUUCUGGAGAAUGCUGUGGGAGAAGGAAGCAAAUCAGAUUGUCAUGGUAACCAAUUUAACAGAAAAUGCUAAGAAAAAGUGUGAGCAGUAUUGGCCAGAGGAAGGAAGUAAAAUGUAUGGUAGUAUCAAUGUAACAUGCCUGGGUAGUGCUAGGCUCACUGACUUCAGUAUUAGGACAUUCCAAGUCACUAAAGAUGACCAGACAAGGAUUGUUCAACAGUUUCACUUUACAUCAUGGCCUGACCACAGAGCACCAGGCCAGACCACUCAGCUUCUAGCUUUCAGGAGGCGUGUACGUCAACAUGAAUCCACAAGGACAGGUCCUCUUAUCAUACAUUGCAGUGCUGGUGUAGGCAGAUCUGGCACCUUUAUUGCUAUAGAUCAGUUACUGGAGCAAGCUAAAACAGAGGAACAAGUUGACAUUUUCAACACUGUUCAGUUAUUGAGGACCCAACGAGUCAACAUGGUGCAAACAUUGGAUCAGUAUAUAUUUGUCUAUGAUGCCAUAUUGGAAGCUGUACUAUGUGGAGAUACUGUUCUCCCAUGCCCAGACUUCCGUCAGAAAUACAACACCAUGUUGGAGAUUGCCCCUGAUAAAGAUAAAUCUAUUCUCCAGGAGCAAUUUGAGCUUCUUGAAAAAUUAUGUGAGGAUUCUGAGCCACCGGAAUCAUCAUCUGGAUUCUUGCCAGACAACAUGGAUAAAAAUCGGUCAAAUGAAAUAAUCCCGAGUGAUCGAUAUCGUCCUUAUAUAUCUACUGUAGAUGGCGGUACUGAUUACAUAAAUGCAGUAUAUGUUUACGGUUACCGGACAAAAGAUGCUUACAUUUUAACUCAAAUGCCAUUGGAUGAGACUGCAGGAGACUUCUGGCGCAUGAUGUAUGAUCACCAUAGCAGCAUUAUCGUAAUGGUGAACAUGCUCGACAAGAAUGAUAUGACUUGUAACGCCUACUGGCCUGAAGAGGUUGGAGCCAGCCAAAUUUUUGGUGCAUUCACAGUUCAACUAACAUCCAUUGACCAAUCACAGCCAAAUAUUACAGAACGGCACUUCCAGCUGACGCACAACAAUGGGUCUACUGUUUCCUCAGAAAUAGUGCAGUUCCAGCUUACAUGUUGGCAAAAGGAAGACGAUUUGCCCUCAUCCAAGAGCAGUGUUGUUGCAGUUAUGAAUCUUGUUGAAAGAUGGCACCAGAAAACUAGUAAUACUGGACCAAUCACAAUCCAUUGCAUGGAUGGAGCUACAAGGAGUGGCCUAUACUGUGCAGUGGACUACAUAUGUGAACAACUACGUGUAGAACAAGAGGUGGACAUAUUCCAGGCUGUCAGACAUCUUAGAACACAUAGGCCACAGGUGAUCUCUGAUAUGAAUCAGUACAAGUUCUUGCAUGAGAUGGCGCUAGAGUAUAUGGAUUCAUUUGACACAUACGCUAACUUUAAGUAAUGUUAAUCCCAUUCACCUCGAACUGUAAAUUGUAAUUCAUUUGAAAUCUAUACUGGCUUCAAGUGACAGACAGGAUACUUUAUGGUAUAGCAUUGUUUUAUGAUUUAUUGAAUGGUGCAACACUUAAAAUAUAUGAUGGUUGAACUGAACCAAAUUUCAUAAUACACUCAAAGUACAAAAGCAAUUUGUGUGUAAAAACUGGACAGUGUAUAGUGUGUGUAACUACUAAUUAUUUGUUGAAAAUAAGUAGUAGUAAAAGACAAUAUACUUUAUAAAGAGAUACGCAUAAUUAUUGAGCAUAGUGAACUGCAAACAAGUGCACUUGUAUUUUAGUAUUUAUCAUUUCUUCGUUACAUUCAUUAAUGAAAAGGUCCCAAAUAUGUUUGGUCCCAUAUUUCAUCCAAACAAAUAUACAUGUAGAUAUACAAGUAUAUACAUGUAUCGUGUUAUGACAUUUUAUUUUUAUUUUGAACACUUGAUUUAAUUCUGAAAUGUUAUAUACAUGUAUGUGUGAAUCUGUGUUGAGAGGGUUGUUUUUCGAAUUGCAUGUGUCGCUUUUGCUUUCUUAGCAUGAUUGGAGUGUGUUCCUUAUUACUCACAAGUAUUGCAAGAUUUAUUAUUGUUUACACAAAGCUUUCAAUAGCUGCACCUUUUUAUGUUGUUAUGGAUUUAGUGUGUUUUCUAAGUACGAAGGAAUCAGCUAUGUCUGAUUAGGGAAAUAAAUCUGUGCAAAUAUUGUUUUAGUUCAUGGACUAUUUAAUGUUAUUUUCAGGAAAUGAC